GGAGAAAGGAAUCCAACAGAUAUCUUCGCCUAGAAUGCAAAGGUGGGCAUUACUUUGAGUGCCUAUAACUACAAACUUCAGCAUGUAAGCGGACCAAGUAAUACUAUUGCCAAAGCAAUUAGCCGCCUCCCGUAGCAACAUGGCAUAAAAACGAAUAUUGAACCCAUGGAGUUCAACAAUUUGAUGCAACACCUUGAAAAGACACCCAUCCGGAGCGACGUGGUGCGGCGCCUGACGGACCGGGACACUGCGUUGUCGAUGGUGAAAUGGUUCCUGAUGAUCGGACGGCCUACAAGCACGCCAGACGAACUGAGACCAUUCGCCACUCGGAGUAAUGAGUUGAGUCUAUACGACGGCUGUAUAUUGCGAGGCUCGCGCAUAGUUCCACCAGAAGAUCUACGGCCCCAGUUGCUAAGAGAGCUGCAUGACGCACACUCCGUCGUGCACAGGAUGAAGGCGCUGACACGUGGUUACUGUUGGCGGCUGAACAUUGACCAGGAUAUAGAGCGGCUGGUGAAAAACUGCGAACAAUGUCAGAAAUGCCGAAGGCAAAAAUCUCCCGGACCGAUAAGUCCAUGGCGUUGUCCGGAGAGGCCCUGGAGGCGGGUACACGCUGACUACUUGGGCCCAAACGAUGAGUUGACGUGUAUACUUUUGAUUGACGCCCAUUCUAAAUUGAUAGAAGUACAACCAGUUCCAGAUGCGAGUUCCGCAGCAAGUUGCAAAAGUGCGCUCCAUAUUCGCCAUUUUCGUUAUCCCAGAGGCGGUAUGCACCGACAACGGAACUCCAUUUACCAAUGAAAAAUUUCGACAGUUCCUGAGUAACAACAGAAUACAACACAGUAAGUCAGCA